AUGUUUCACUUCCUCCUUCUGGUGUCUCGACAGGGUAAAGUUCGUCUCUGUCGAUGGUUUGGAGAUUGUGAGGCAGAGAAGGAGCCCAAGAGCUUUUUGCAUGCAGCCGCACGCAGCUGCAAAGAAAGAAAUCUGCUUAUUAAAGACGCAGCUUCUCGCGUAUUACAACGUAAUGCUAGGCAGUGUAAUGUUGUUGAGUGGAAGGAUGAUACAAAGCUCGUCUAUAAGAGGUAUGCAAGCCUCUUCUUCAUUGCAUGCGUAGAAGCAAACGAAAAUGCUUUACUUGUCCUCGAGUUAAUUCAUCAUUAUGUCGAAGUCCUCGAUAAAUACUUCGGAAAUGUCUGCGAAUUAGAUUUAAUUUUUAACUUUCAUAAAGCAUAUUAUUUACUUGAUGAGGUAAUAUGUGGAGGCGAAGUGCAAGAAACAAGUAAAAAAACAAUUUUAAGAAUUGUCAGCGCUGAAGAUGCACUAACCGAAGACUCAAGCGGUAAACCUUCAAAGUUAAGCUGA